AUGGGAAAUUAUUUAGAUUCAUCACAACCACAAAAACAAAUAAAUCUACUUGUAACGGGUCUUAAUAAUUCAGGAAAAAGAACAGCCAUACAAAUGUAUUGUGAAGCAAAUGGUUUUAAUUAUGAUCAACGAAUUAAUAAUUUUCAAAUAAUUCAAAACUUGGAAUUUUCCACAUUUAAAGUAUUGUUAAUAGAUUUGGGCGGCAAUGAAAGAACUGAACCAAUAAUAAAAAGAACAACAAACCAUUGUGGAGCUAUAUUAUACACAAUAGAUAUUUACGACGUUGAAAGAAAAAAACAAACGAAACGGGAAUUGAAAAGAAUUCUUAAUAUAAAAGAAAUACAAAGCACACCAAUUUUGUUGGUAUUUACAAAAACCGAUUUAAAACCAAAUUUUACUUUUAAAGAAAUAAUUAAAUAUUUCGAAUUAGACACUAUUAAAAAUAGAGUCUGGUCUUUUGUAUUGAUUAAUAAAAAUAAUGCAGAUGGAAUAAACAAAGGAUUCGAGUGGAUAAAAAAACGUGGAAUAACUAUAUUGAAAAACCUUAUCUGCACUUUUGAGAAACUGUACAAAAAUAUUAAAACGUUCUAA